AUGUCUACCCCCAAGCUAUCCACCCCCAUUAAAGUCGGCGACAUGCAGCUCGCCCACCGCGUAGUCAUGGCCCCCAUGACGCGCUAUCGCAGCGACGACGACCACGUCCCGCUCACCGACAUGAUGAUCGAGUACUACACCCAGCGCGCAUGCGUGCCCCGCACGCUCAUCAUCACCGAGGCCGUCUUCGUCCAAGACAAGGCGGGCGGGAUGCCCAACAUCGUCGACGCGGUGCACGCGAAGGGCUGCUUCAUCUACAUCCAGCUCUGGGCCCUCGGCCGCACCGCGCGUCCGGCUCUGUUCAACAAAGAGUUCCCGGACUACCCCUUCCCGGGCCACACGCCCCGUCCUCUCACCAUACACGAGAUAAAGGAGUACGUCUCCUGGUUCGGCGAGGCCGCCAAGAACGCCGUCGACCUCGCAGGCUUCGACGGCGUCGAGAUCCACAGCGCCAACGGCUACCUCAUCGACCAAUUCAUGCAGGACGUCACGAACAAGCACACGGACGCGUACGGCGGUUCUGUCGAGAACCGCGCGCGUUUCCCACUCGAGGUCGUCGCCGGCGCGAUCGGGGCGUCCAAGACCGCGCUGCGGCUCAACCCGUGGACGCGGUACCAGGACAUGCGGAUGGACGACCCGGUCCCGCAGUUCACGUACUUCGUCGAGGAGCUCAAGAAGCGCCACUCGGACCUCGCCUUCGUGCACUUCGUGAGCGAGAACGCGCUCGGCGGCGACCCGCCCGAGGACCCCAAGCGGGAAGACUUCAUCCACGACCUGUGGAAGCCACGGCCGCUGGUCUCGACGGGGUUCGGGCAGCUUUUCCUGUCGACGCCCGACCUGGCCGUCGAGGGAUACACCACGUACCCCUUCUCGGAGCAGUUCCUCGCAUCCCAGAAGGCGUAG